CAAGUGUGCUUUAAAAAUAAGCUUAAAAACUGCCUGGGUUUUGUAUGCACAGAUUUUGGGCCGGCCAGGAAGAUCCCCCAGAUCGUGGUUUGAGAAUACCUGUUUUAGACAAAGCACGAGUGACGCGUCCCAGGCAUCAGGAAAGAUGAAAUCUGGCAAGGAAACCAUAAGGAUCAGAUUACAGGAAAGGCUUGCUCAGGGAGAGGAAGGAAGCAAGGAAGAAAUUAGUAACUAAAAAGAGGCAAGGAGGAAGGCCUCUUCAUCAGGAGGCGGGGGAGUGUGGACCGGUUGUUUGGAUAUCUAAAACAAAACAGCUGUGGUUGUCAUACACACACAUUUUGUCAGAAAAUAACCUGGUGUGUUAUUUUCCGAUGUUUCAGCCAUUGUGUCUUGAUUCAGGAACAGCUCCCUUCUGAGUUUCUUUUUGUUUGUUUGUUUUUGAGAGAGGGUCUCAUUCUGUUGCACAGCUGGUGCAGUGGUGUGAUCACGACUCACUGCAGCCACAACCUCCCCAGGCUCAAGCAAUCCUCCCACCUCAGCCUCCCGAGUAGCUGGGACUACAGGUGUGCACCACCACACCCAGCUAAUUUUUGUAUUUUUUAUAGAGAUGGGGUUUUGCCAUGUUGCCCAAGCUGGUCUAGAACCCCUGGGCUUGAGUCAUCCUACUGCCUAGUGCUGGGAUGACAGGUGUGAGCCACUGCGCCCAGCCUCCCCUCUGAGUUUCCAUCAUCAUGUUGGCAUAUCUACUGCUGGUGGUAGCCAGCCUCCAGGAGGCAGAGGUUGCAGUGAGCUGAGAUCACACCACUGCACUCCAGCCUGGGCGACAGAGUGAGACUCUAUCUCGGAAAAAAAAAAAGAAAAAGAAAAAUCGACCCUUUAUUAUUUCUCUGCUGUCUUUAGGAAUUGGCUGAGAUCCAGUGGGUGUUGGCUGCUCUGGGUGGGCUCAGCCAGGUGGCCCUGCUCCACCUGUCUCAACUCCUCCUGGCCAAGCAAGGGUGCAAGAGGACAAAUGAGUACACAGGACAUGUCUGAGGGCCUGGCAUGUGCCAGCUCUAAGCCCACUUCUGCCUCAUUCUGCUGGCCAAAGCAAGCCACCCGACUCAAACUGAAGGGUGGAGAAAUACAUCACUGCUGCAGCUGAAGGCCCUCCAAAGUGGCAAAGAAUGUGAACAAGGGGAAGAAGAAAAACUUGAGACCAAUAAUGCAAUCUAUGGAAAUCUGGCAUUUUUUAAAGUUUGCGCCCCACAAAGAGGAAAUAUUCCAAAAGUACUCAGGAUGUAAAAGUGGAGAUCUUCACAGAUGCCUCCGUGGAUGGCAUGGCAAUCCAUCCAUCAGUGAGAAGACCAUGAUUUCUUUUAAUUUUUUGUGUGUUUCCAUAUUCCCCAGUGAGAAUUCUUCCACCUUUUUUUGUGCCAUGGGAAAAACCUGAAGGGCAGGCAGAGCUGCUCCCGAACUAGUGACCUUCUCCAAGGUUGCAGAGGCUCUUGUAGAACAUGACUCUGGGACAUCACUUCCUUUGUUUUCUUUCGGAGCUGAACCAAAGAAUGUGCGUCCUCUUUCUCUAGUGCUGUGGUGUGUGCUUAUUUUUGUAUUUGUGCUUUCCAUCCAUCUUAUGUAAUCACAAGGCAUCCUUAAGGUUUUCCGGCACAAUUUGUGGACAUCCAGACUCCUGGAGGGACCACCACCCAUGGCUCGGUAAGCCAGCAGCCCAGGGCACUGGCACUACCAUGAGGCACUGCAUUAAUUGCUGCAUACAGCUGUUACCCGACGGUGCACACAAGCACCAGGUCAACUGCCGAGGGGGCCCCCACCACGGUCACCAGGCGUGCCCCACGUGCAAAGGAGAAAACAAAAUUCUGUUUCGUGUGGACAGUAAGCAGAUGAACUUACUUGCUGUUCUCGAAGUGAGGACUGAAGGGAACGAGAACUGGGGUGGGUUUAUGCGCUUCAAGAAGGGGAAGCGAUGUAGCCUCGUUUUUGGACUAAUAAUAAUGACCUUGGUAAUGGCUUCUUACAUCCUUUCUGGGGCCCACCAAGAGCUUCUGAUCUCAUCACCUUUCCAUUACGGAGGCUUCCCCAGCAACCCCAGCUUGAUGGACAGCGAAAACCCAAGCGACACAAAAGAACAUCAUCAUCAAUCCUCUGUAAAUAAUAUUUCAUACGUGAAGGACUAUCCAAGCAUUAAAUUAAUUAUCAACAGCAUCACAGCUAGGAUUGAGUUCACGACCAGACAACUCCCAGACUUAGAAGACCUUAAGAAGCAGGAGUUGCAUAUGUUUUCAGUCAUCCCCAAUAAAUUCCUUCCAAACAGUAAGAGCCCCUGUUGGUACGAGGAGUUCUCGGGGCGGAACACCACAGACCCGUACCUCACCAACUCCUACGUGCUCUACUCCAAGCGCUUCCGCUCCACCUUCGACGCGCUGCGCAAGGCCUUCUGGGGCCACCUGGCGCACGCGCACGGGAAGCACUUCCGCCUGCGCUGCCUGCCGCACUUCUACAUCAUAGGGCAGCCUAAGUGCGGGACCACAGACCUCUAUGACCGCCUGCGGCUGCACCCUGAGGUCAAGUUCUCCGCCAUCAAGGAGCCACACUGGUGGACCCGGAAGCGGUUUGGAAUUGUCCGCCUAAGAGAUGGGCUGCGAGACCGCUAUCCUGUGGAAGAUUAUCUGGACCUCUUUGACCUGGCCGCACACCAGAUCCAUCAAGGACUGCAGGCCAGCUCUGCAAAGGAGCAGAGCAAGAUGAAUACAAUCAUUAUCGGGGAGGCCAGUGCUUCCACUAUGUGGGAUAACAAUGCCUGGACGUUCUUUUACGACAACAGCACAGACGGCGAGCCACCGUUUCUGACCCAGGACUUCAUCCACGCCUUUCAGCCGAAUGCCAAACUGAUUGUCAUGCUCAGGGACCCUGUGGAGAGGUUGUACUCAGACUAUCUCUACUUUGCAAGUUCGAAUAAAUCCGCAGACGACUUCCAUGAGAAAGUGACAGAAGCUCUGCAGCUGUUUGAAAAUUGCAUGCUUGAUUAUUCACUGCGCGCCUGCGUCUACAACAACACCCUCAACAACGCCAUGCCUGUGAGGCUCCAGGUCGGGCUGUAUGCUGUGUACCUUCUGGACUGGCUCAGUGUUUUUGACAAGCAACAGUUUCUCAUUCUUCGCCUGGAAGAUCAUGCAUCCAACGUCAAGUACACCAUGCACAAGGUCUUCCAGUUUCUGAACCUAGGGCCCUUAAGUGAGAAGCAGGAGGCUUUGAUGACCAAGAGCCCCGCCUCCAAUGCACGGCGUCCCGAGGACCGGAACCUGGGGCCCAUGUGGCCCAUCACACAGAAGAUUCUGCGGGAUUUCUACAGGCCUUUCAACGCUAGACUGGCGCAGGUCCUCGCUGAUGAGGCGUUUGCGUGGAAGACGACGUGAGAGCUGAACUGUUGCUGCACGUGCUGGGCCCGCCAAUGCCGUCAUCACCAGGAUUUUACAAAUCUCUUUGCAGGGAACUGUUUGACUCAUGGUAUGGAAAACCCCAGGACUCCGCCACUCCAGGCACACAUGAAGUAUAACCAUUUUGGAAUUUCUUUUGUGAUGUUCAAGAGCUCAGCAAUGGACCCCUCACAGAGCUCCUCGUCUGAGGCCAGUGAAGACCCCAUUUCUCAAGAAUUCAGCUCUGCUCCGAGCGUCCUGGAGCUUGGGGAUGCAGCCAGCUGACCCUGCACUGGGUGUGGAGAGAACACCUAGGGAAGGCAGCCCAGCGCUGCCCGCCUCCGCCUUCUGGCGAGCCUCAGUCUGGGUUCUGAGUCAGCACGCCAGAGGUCAUGCCACAGGGCUGGCUGGAACUUACACUUCACGUUCCCUUUUUUCCCCCUAGAGAUGGGGUCUCGCUGUGUUGCGCAGACUGUCUAUAUUCAAUGGCUAUCUUCACAGGUGUGAUCAUAUCACAUUCACUUCUGAAACGCUUGUUGGGAUCGCUAAGCUCACUGGAACAGAGAACCGCAGUCUUUCGAGAAUGGAGGCUCUUCAUUUUUUUUUCUCCUUUACUCCAAAGUCAGCCCUCUAGUUUCUUCAGAUGUAAACCCUGUUAACGUCACUGUUUCCAAAAGGAAAAAAAUCAGUCAGCUUUUGGCAGCACCUUCAUCUCUCUGACCUCCUCCUAUUCUGUCCUUGUGGACUUUACUUAUGUUUAACCUAGAAAAUGAAUACAUUGAAAACAAAACCACUUUCUGCAUUUAACCAGUCCUGGCUCUCUCUCUCUGCUGCCUCUUUAUAUGUCAAGAAAUUCAGUUUAUAAUUGGAAGGGAAAUUUUUGCUGUUAAUGCCAGAAUGAGCAACCUGAAGGAAUUGAACACUUCAUGGAAAAUGUAGGUAAUUCAAGCCCUCAUCAGGUUUACAAGAUCAUCAGAGAAACAGAGGAUUUUAAUUUUUAGUUCUGGCCGGCUACAGGCUCCAUUUCUCCGCCUUCCCAUUGGAAAACGUUUAUUUCCACAUUCUCCACUACGUGUGGUCAAAGUUCCUCGCCCAGCAAGGGACUAUAGAUACCCCUGUCCCAAUUCCGAAACACAAUGCAUAAGCUGAACUUGGGCUGAACGUGGCGUGUUGAGAUUUGGGAUGAGGUUUCUAAGAGUCGUGUUCUUCAUGGAAUUUUCCAGGCUACUUGGCAGCUUGGUUUACCGAUGGAUGGGCAAGAGAUCUUGUCAUUUCUUGGCAGUCACGGGCAAGAUUGAAGAGAAGACCUGAGCAUCCUUGGCAACAGCCCAGGUGGGACCUGGAUGAAGCUUUGCACUCAAGUGUUGUCAAGGGAAGCUUCCUGUGAACCAAAGUUCUCAGGCCAAGGUCUCGUCCACCAAAGCCAGAAAGUGCAAGCACCCGUCUACCCAGCUCUAACUUGCAUGUGUGAGACAGACCGGGCUUUAGGGGUAGGAGGAUCUGCAGUCGCUCAGCCGUCCCCUGGUGCUGUUGUCUUUCUGCCAUCAGGGAAGGGACACACAGCCCAUUUGAAGGUGUGCAGAGGGCUCUGAGCGCCAAGAUGGCCGGGAGCUGUUCCUGCUACUGAAGGAGCUGUGUGUCCCGAACUCCCACUUGCAGGGACAGUCCCCACCUUCUCUAUAGCCGGCACUGGGAGCAGCCGCCAGCAGGGAUAUCUGGUCUGAGCACAAGGAUGCUUUAGGGAGAGAUCCCUUCAGUGUGUGUGUGUAUUUAUUUGCAGUACAGUGUGUGUGUGUGUGUGUGUGUACUCGCACGUGUGGGUGAGUGCGUCUUCUGAGUGAGUUCUGUUCAGUUCCAGUUGCUAAUGAGGCUCCUCCGCUCUGGACACAACCCUUUUAUAGAUUAAUUUCUCUGCCAAUUAACUUGUCAUUUUCAGUACAUAUUUUACUAUUCCACACCAACCAUAAUUAUAACAAGGGAUUUUUCUUAUGCACUCCUAUGCAUGUGAAUAACAUGUGGUGUAAUUCUGCUUCUUACAGAAGUAUUACUGAAGGUAUUAUUUCCAAUAUUAUUUGGUUUAUUAUGCGGAUCUUUUUUAUAUAUGCAGUCCCAUCCCUUCUGUGCCAAUCAAUGCCAUCCAGACAUGGUUUUUCCCUCCAGGGGCCUUUCUCCAGAGGGCACUUCUGCUGCCUCUGCUUCCUCUCGUUCGAGGCCCGGCUCUUGCUGACAGGAUAGGUUCCGUUCUGGGCGGUGGUUCUCGAGCCUGCCAUUCAAAACCAAAGUGAAUUAGAGCAUUUCUCAUAACAUGGUAUUGAAGUUCCUUUUUGUUCUCAAAAGCUGUGUACCAGACUGUGUUAAAUUGUACUCCCUUAGUCCUGUAAAGUAUGUUCAGUAAAUCGCAGUUACACUGUACUUUUAUUAAUAUUUAACAUAAUUAAAGAUGGACCCAUGUGAGUGACGCCUGUGGAGCGGGUGCUUUUCCUCUGCAGCCAGGC